GGUCCAAUGAAUGUAGCAUAUAGAUGCUGACACGGCUUCGGAAUUUUCGACACCACUCAAACGCAAAAAGCCUCUAACUGUAAAUAGAUACGAUGCGCUACUUACAAAAUCUUACAAGAAUGCCUGAGCAGUGUACGGCACCGCGUCAUAUUGGAGGUACUGACAUGGCUCUCACAGUUACAUAAGCGCAAAGUACAUCUACUGAAGAUACAAUGUCAAUUCAAGCUUUCAGUAAUAAACAGUACAUUCCAGCAUCUGCACCCCUCGUUCAGACAAUUAAGUACAACGGUUUAGUAUUCAUAAGCGGCUGUAUACCUUUAACCAAGCAAGGCAAAAUUAUCGAAGGAGAUAUCAGUUUGCAUGGUAAGGUAGCACUGGAGUGGAUGAAAGACGCGCUCGCCCAAGCAGGCACAACCCCUUCAAGAGUGCUGAAAGUGACAUGCUUCUUUGGUUGUAAUUUAGAACAAGUACCCCAAUUCAACGAAGUUUAUGGCAACUUUUUCAAUGAGUACAAUCACAAGCCAUGCAGGACGGGCGUUAAGGUCGCGGGGUUACCCUCUAUUGAUGGUGUACAAGCGCUGGUAGAAAUUGAAUGUGUGGCUGCAGUGGAAUAG